UGGAUCUUUGGGGAGGCUUUUUGUCAAAUCAGCAGCUUCCUCACGGCUCUCAACAUGUACGCCAGCGUCUUCAGCCUGAGCAUGCUCAGUCUGGAGCGGUACUGGAUUCUGACCGGACGCCAGCCCUCCAGCCAGCAGCCACCACGGAGCAGGCCCUCCAGAGCGUUUUGGGUUCUCGGCGGCGUGUGGGUGGUGGCGGGGGUCCUGGCUCUUCCUGGUUUGCUGCUGCGCUCUGUCAGGGAGAUGGAGCUGGACUCCAGAAAGACCAUCCUUUCCUGUCAGAUGGAUUACUCCAUCCUGAUUGGAUCAGAGUUGGAUGACUCAGAAAAAGAGAGGAUGGAGAUGGUGUUGGCUUCCGCCUUGAGCAUCAAAUCAACUCUGUUUGGAUUCCUGCUUCCUUUAGUCGUCUUGCU